AUGGCGUUGGCGACAUCACGAGGCAACGCCGAGUCCGGCUUCGAAGUGCUGCUCUAUGUGUACGACCUGUCCAAAGGACUCGCCAAGAAACUGUCUCCCGCGCUACUCGGCAAAGAACUGCCCGGUGUGUGGCACACGAGCAUCGUCGUGCGAGGCACGGAGUACUUCUUUGGCUCCACGGGCAUCGACAGCUGUCCAGCGGGAAAGACCACUCUGCAGAUCCCGGACCAGGUCAUAAGCCUCGGUCGCACUGAGUUGCCCCACGACGUCUUUCUCGAGUACAUCGACGAACUGGGCAAGUCCACCUAUAAAGGUAGCACGUACAACCUGUUUCGCCACAAUUGUAACAACUUCUCGCAAGACGUUGCUAUGUUCCUCACCGGCAAGUCCAUUCCGCGAGAAAUCCUGGAACUUCCGGACGACUUCCUGCGCACGCCGAUGGGCAACACGCUGGUGCCUUUCUUCGAGCGUCUCGCGAUUAAUGUGGACAAGGCGCCGGUACAAGGCUCUCCGGGCGGGGCACAGCAAAGCUCGAAGGCAUCGCCCUCUCCAGAACGCUCGGACCGUUCGAAGCACAGCUCGUCACGCGGUAAGCCAACUGGAGAGACGUCUCCGGACGCCCGAAGUGACGAAAAUGAAGACAAGAAUGACAACGACCAGCCCGUCUACUACCCUGGGGUCGAUGGCAUGGCUUCUUUCAAGGAACUCGAAAAGCAUCUCAAGAAAAGUACCAUGACUGACCGCGAGAAGGCGCAGUUGGACCGUCUCCACGAGUACCUCGUGAAUGGCAACGGAGCUUGGGCUCUGGGCCAGGAGCUGCUAGACGUCUUUGAAAAGCUGUUGAUGUCACACGACGGAAACUGUGCCGUACGGCUGUCGCUACUGCGCGUGCUACAGGCGGCGGCGCUGUUCAAGGACGUCAUCCUCUUCUUGCACCAGGAUCGCAGGAAGCACGUCAUCAUGAGCUUCGUCAACCGGAUCGCGACGCUCUCUCCUCAGGAGCAGGACGAAGUGCUCAAGCUUCUCUGCAACCUGUGCAGCCACGUGCCGGGCUGCGAGUGGCUACUGUACAUCUCGGAGUGGCAGGAGGACGGAGGCGGCCGGCAGGUGUGCAGCAACGCCAAGGUCACCGUUCGAGCAGCGGUAUGUGGGCUCCAAUGCGGCCGCCGUCUCGCACAGGAGCUUGGCGCCGCGCUCGUCUUCAACCUCACCAUGAGGGAGAUGUUCGACGACGCGGCCAAGCAGCUGACGGAGGUCAUUACGCAGUUUUUGAAGAACGACGUCAGCGAGGAACAGGCUUACCGCUGCUUGGCAGCCCUAUAUCGCCUUCUGAGGGUCAGCUACAAUGAAGUGUCCGCCAAGGUCCAGAACAUCUCGCCGUACCUGCAGAAUCUGGCCGGUUCCUCGGAGCGUGUCAAGAGUCUGGUCACUCAGAUACGCAACAAGAUCUCGGCGCCGACAACAGUACCGAAGAAGUGA